AGAAAUAUCUCCCAAAUCGUCCGCCCAACAGCGAUGCCACCUUGUCAAUCGAUACGUUUGCUUCAUGAGUCCUGCCGCGUUCUCGCCCGCUUUUUGAGACCCCUAAAGGGAGAACUUUUGGCUAAAAGGGGAUCGGAUAAGGUGAACCGAUAUACGAAAUCAUUCUGUCGGGGAACACCCUUCCUCCUGCUGUUUCUUCGAUCCAUAUUAGAUGGCCCUGAGUUGGCUGAGCGUAGCGCAGAGCCUCGUCGCCAUGGGCUCUCAUGCGUAAAACGAGGCGCCCAGUAACAGAUAGAGAAGUCUCUUUUAUAUUUGUCCUUUUAGAAAAGAUAAGUGCAAGCCGAGGCUACGACUGCACCUGACAAAAUGCCCGGGAAAUGCUGGGGGAGGAGAGACGGCACAGAGGCCCCGGGGAACACGUCGGCGACUGUCUUUUUUUUUUUCCACCCGGGAAGUGUUUCUGUUAAUCUAAUCUAUUCGGACAUACAUCCAAUGCAUAUUGUACUCGAGUACACUUGUAUAGCAGUUUCGAGUCUCCGGAGCUGGAUCCCGGGGGGGUAAUUGAAUCUGUGGAGCACUGUAG